AGCUUUGAAUGACUUUUAAUGUAAAUUAAGGAAAGUUUUUAUCAAUAAAUUUGUAAUUUUUCUGAUGAAGUGAUUUCAAGACAUUCAUCACAAGACAUGACAUCGCAUACAGUGUUGUCCAACACUCCGGUCAAUGAGUUGUUUACGGGUCUCAUCCGUGGCCACAGAGCAUCGCUAUCGCGGGCCAUAACAGUUGUUGAGUCCAAGAGAUCACCGAUAAGACGACAAUUGUUACAACUGGUCAAUGAACACAACGUAAGGAUCAAACGGCCGACACUACGAUUGGGCAUCAGUGGUGCCCCCGGAGCUGGAAAGUCGACAUUCAUUGAGACUUUCGGUAUGAAUCUCAUCGAGAAGUACAACAAAUCGGUUGCUGUACUGGCCGUCGACCCUUCUUCAGCCAUCAACGGCGGAUCCAUUUUGGCCGACAAGACUCGUAUGUUUCAUCUGUCGAGACAUCCAAAAGCUUUUAUAAGGCCAUCGCCGAGCAGUGGACAUAUGGGUGGAGUCACUCGGACUACAAGUAAUGCUAUCUCCCUGUGCGAGAGCGCCGGUUAUGAUGUGAUUAUAAUAGAAACGGUAGGAGUGGGUCAGUCAGAGUAUGAAGUGUCAUAUCUUUGCGAUUUGAUGACAUUAUUGGUAGCGCCGUCGGGUGGGGACGAACUACAGGCCAUUAAGAAAGGCAUCAUUGAAAUGGCAAACAUUAUAGUCGUAACUAAAUCUGACGGCGAUCUCGUGAAACACGCGCGCAAAAUGUCAGCUGAAAUAAAGUCGGCCACAAAGUUCAUCAGUUAUGUCAAACGGCCGCAAGUAUUGCGGUGUUCAGCUGUCACUGGAGAAGGUAUUGACGACGUCUGGACUCAAAUUCAACAAUCAGUUGAAUCAGAAGACAAGAAAUUAGAAAAAAGAAGAGAACAAAGAGUGAAACAAUUGAAAAUCGGUUUAAUUAAUGAGUUUUUCAUUGAAUUGAAUCGUAGGAUACAAUUAGACAAAUAUGAAAACCUAUUGAAAAUCGAUGAAACAGUUGUUGUCGAAGAUAUUAUUGCAAAGAUUUUUGACGAAGACUUACGUUAUGGUUUCAAAGACGUCAACUCAAUGAUUGAUAAUUGA